CGGCUCGCAGUAGGACGGCCAAAUAGCUACCGUGUCGCUUUCUUGCCGGUGGAUACACUGAUAUGCCAUCAGACAAUAGAGCGCAUUGGCUUUGCUAUUUAUUGAUGCAGGCUGACAUGUUGGCGACCAGCUCCACCGCCUCGAACUGUUCAUUCACCUUUUGAAGGUGUGGAGUCUCAGCGAAAUGGGAUGGAGCGGAUGUCUGAUGAUACACUGAGGCUAAACCUGUUAAAGCGAGGUCUGGAAUCACCAAGUGAGAGAGAGGAAGCUCUUUCAAAACGGCUAAAAAUGGAGGGCCAUGAGGCCAUGGAGCGCCUGAAGAUGCUGGCACUUCUUAAACGCAAGGACUUAGCUGAUCUAGCUGCCCUAGAGGUCCCAGGGACGCUUGGAGAUGGGAAAGGCCCCGGUGCCAGCUCAAUCCACCACCAGAGUCUAAUGAGUGCUGCAUAUGAGGAGAAGCUGAAUGGAAGUUUACGGCUUGGCAGCCACAGUGGUCAUGUUGGUCAAAGUAAGAAUGGGAAGGAAAAUAUCAUGGACGAGCCGGUGGAUAUGAGUGCUGGAAGAAGAUGUGAGGUUGAUCAUGACAGGCAAACUCCUUCUCCAGAUGUCAUCAUACUGUCAGACAAUGAAGUGUCCAGUCCGAGAACAACACCUCGGUCCGAAGAACGCAUGCACCAGGCCAACAUGGAGAUGUUCAAGGGAAAAACAGGAGAGGAGCGACAGCAGAUGAUCAAAGCUCUGAGGGAACAGCUGCGUUUAGAAGAAGCUCGUCUUGUCUUGCUCAAGAAGCUCAGACAGAGCCAGAUGCAGAAGGAGAACAUGGUGCAAAAGGUCCCAGUGGUCCAAAGCUCUACAUCCUCUGUUCAGCCUCCUCCCAUCCAUGGCUCUCCAGGUAUUGGAAAGUUGCCUGUGAGGCCAGGCCUGCACAACACUGAGCCUCAGAAUCUCCGAACUGUACAGGGUCAUACAGUGAUUCGUUCAGCCAAUACCAGCCUGCCUCCAAUGCUCAUGUCCCAGCGAGUGAUAGCCCCCAAUCCAUCCCAACUGCAGGGCCAGAGACUCUCCUCCAAACCUGGAAUGCCCCGAUCCAGCACAUCCAGUAUGGCCAAUGCUGUUAACUAUCAGCAGGCCAGCCAGCAGGUGGCCGCUUCCCAGCGCUCCAGCUCAAGUGCCAUGUACAUGAACCUGGCCCACAUGCAGGCAGCAGCAGCAGUGGGGGCCAGUGGUGUGGCAGGUGGUCUCGCUGGAGCUUCAGCUGUCAGCCCAUCAACCAUGUCUGGCUCAGCUAGUGGAACAGUUAGCUCCAUGGCUGACCAGGCCAGCAGCCAGGCAGCAGCCAAGCUGGCUCUAAGGAAGCAGCUGGAAAAAACCUUGCUGGAGAUUCCUCCACCCAAACCCCCUGCCCCACUGCUCCAUUUCCUGCCCUCGGCUGCUAACAGCGAGUUCAUCUACAUGGUAGGCUUGGAGGAAGUUGUGCAGAGUGUCCUGGACAGUCAGGGUAAAUUCAGAGGAUCUUUGGCCCGUAUGGAGCCCUUCUACUGUUCCCAGUGCAGAACAGACUUCACACCCCACUGGAAGCAAGAGAAGAGUGGCAGAAUCCUCUGCGAGCAGUGUAUGACAUCCAAUCAGAAGAAGGCUCUGAAGGCAGAGCAUACCAACAGACUGAAAAAUGCUUUUGUAAAGGCUCUUCAGCAGGAGCAGGAGAUUGAACAGAGGCUGCAGCAACAGGCAGCCCUCUCUCCCAGCUCUGCUUCUACUGGCUCCAACAUCUCCAAGACUGACACAAUGAUUCGACAGCAUGCCCUGCGCCAGGCUCAGCAGCCCCAGGCUUCUCUGCAGCGAGGGCUGUCCAACUCUGCAAGAGGUGUCCUUUCCAACUUCGCUCAGGCCUCCCAGCUGUCUGUGGCCAGCAGCCUUAUGGGAAUGAGCAGUGCUAAGCACUGUGGCAGUGGUGGAGGUGGUAGUAGCAGUAACAGACUGCAGCACGAUAGCCGCCGUCAAAUCUACAACAUCCCAGGGUUAAAUAUUGCCUACCUGAAUCCUGCGGCAGUUGGAGCCCAUAAGACUUCCAGCUUAGCAGACCGGCAGAGAGAAUACCUGUUGGACAUGAUCCCACCUCGGUCCAUAUCUCAGUCCAUCACUGGACAAAAAUGAGCCUCUCUAAUCUCUUGUGUGUGUCAGACGGCAGCCUUGUUUGAUAACUUUACCAUUGUGAGGCGUUCCCAGAUCAGCUGAUAUUUCCACCUCACUGUUCCAUCGCAUGCAGUGCCUGUUUGUGUGCCUACCUUAGACCAACCCAUGAGAACCUACACAGCUGAACAAAAACACAAGCUCUCAGUGCAUCUCAAUUGUUCAUAUUAUAGCAGAAAUCCCCUUCCUCUGUAAUUCCCUUUAUAAUCACUGGUGGUAGCACCUAUACUUGCCACUGCCAUUUAAACUGAAGUUAGUGUUAUUCAUUAUGCUAUUUGUUUUUGACAUUUUUGUGUCAUGUUUCUGUUUCCCCACCACCUACCCUUUACUUUAAGAAAAGACCCUUAGGCAUUGUCAAGUUGGUGGGAUCAGUUGGAAUUUUUUUUUUCUCACUUCCAAUGCUAUUAUGACUAUUGAUAAGAACAGAAGAUCAACAGGGUUCACUCUGGUUGCUAUGCAACAUACAAUUUAAUUACUCCAAAGUUUGUAAGCAUAAUUAAUUUGCUAAGUUGUGUUUAAAGAAAGUGAAAAAUUCCGUUAGGAACAAAAACAGGUCAUAUUAGGCUGUCUUUGCUCUUGAAAGACUAUGCUGUUCAAAGAAUUGAAAACGUUAGAGUGAAGUGCUCAAAAUGGAUCAUCUCAGUGACUUGCUUCAAGGGCAUCGUCAAAGAGUCAUCACAACAAUCCACAUCCAAAGCUGAGUUUAGUUCAGGACAACAACCUGAAAUCUUGAGUGGGUCCUAACCCAAGUCAAAACCCACCAAGUGAAACUGACUGCAAAAAGGUGAAAUCAAGUACAAAAAGGAACUGAAGUUUGGAAAUCUUCUCUACCAUUCUUGAGCAAUGGGUUUCCUUUCCUUUAUUUAGGAUGUCAGUCUCUGCUGUUACAGAUCUGUUGCUGACAAGUGUGCUUAAGACAUGCUGUUACCAGGACCAUCAGAUGAAGCAGGUGAGCUGAUUAACCAGAAGACAGAUGUUCCUGGUGUUCAGGUGUACAACACAGUACAGUUCAUGUUUUUUUUCCUUCGUCCCCACCAGCCAGCAGCCUCUCUAUGCAGCCAUUCUUCAUGCUGUUGCCUCAUCAAUAUUCACAUAAUGUACAAAAUAUAGAACUCCAGUCUAGAUACAGAUCACUGAUUCUGUACCUAAAAUCCCCAAAACUGAGUUCUGGUUCCAGUCUGUGUUUUGGCUUUUAUGUUAUUCUGCCACGAUUUCUUUCAUUCUUGUUUUUUCCUCUUUUUGUGCGCCGUCUCCAAAUUAUUUGGUGGCCUACCUGAGAGGUCUUGGCCACUGGAGACGAUAAUAAUGUAAAACAUUAACUGUUGAAAAAUCUAAUGAUUAUGUAUAGAUACUUAGCUUCAGAGAAUAAAGGAUGUGGAUGUUUUAUGGGAGAGACAUGGAUCAAUCAUUGUGUGCACCCUGUGUUCACAAGUUGCCUCACUCCAGAGGAGCACAUUUCAUAUUUCCAAAUGGAAAUUUAGUUUUGUCUUUUGGUAAAGAGGAAAUGAAUGUUGGAACUGAAAGUAACCAAGGUCUGGAUACUGACUGACCGAGUCUGUCGAGGCGUCCUCAUCAUUACACAAUACAUUGAUAUUGAUAUGGACUGAUUUCAUAUGCAUUUUUCAUUGCUUAUUAGUUUUAAUGUUUAGACCCCUGAUCACAUACCAUUCUCAGUCCAAGUUCUUAUCGAUGUUUGAAACACAAACUGUUGUCAGUUUGGCUUUUUAUUGCUGUUUGUUUCAUUUGCAAUACCAUGCUAACACAUCCUAUUUUCAGACUCUGUUCUCUGGUUGGACCUUCCUCUAAGAAGACCUUACUUUACCUACACCUCAGAAAUUACAGCCAGAGUUUUUCACUGUACACUUUCCUUUGCUUUGAUAGACAAUCUUUAUUCUUGUCGCAAGUUUUGACCUUUUUGGUUUUCACAUAUUUGGUAGUGCAGAAGUCUCCAGCAUGAAUGUGCUGGUCUUUGUGUUUUCUGUCAUAGAUUGUCUUGUAAGGAAACCUUAAUUGUCAAGGCAUUUGCAUGGUUUCAGUUGAUGCAAGUUCCUGAUGGAGGACUUGCACCUCCAGUCUGUAAGGGAAGAUUAAUGUGCCGAUAAGUUGGUUUGUUUGUUUUUAAGAGGAAAUUAAGUCAAAGCGAUUUCUCAUGUUCAAUUUACUUUAUUUUAUUUAUUUUUUUGUUCCAGAGUGAUGACUUGUAUAAAUUCCGAUAAAGGUUAAUAUCUUUGCACAGUAUUUUCUUUAAAGUGUCCAUAUUGUUUUGUUAAUUCUGGUUGUGGUUAUAUUUGCACACUUGUUUGUUUGCAGGGUCUUUAGCCCCACUUUUUGAACAGGACACUCUAAUGGUGUCCACGUAGUUGACAUGUGAUCUAUACCCACAUUUGGCUGGCUGCAGCAGAACUUUAAGAAGUCCUCACGGAUGAUAAAAUGUUUGUUGCGCAGGUCUUUGCAUUGAAGUGGACUCUGAAACCAUGAAUUGCUUGUUGGACUGUCCAAGCCACCUGACUGAAACUUUCUUAACCAUUGUGCUUAGUCAGUUUGCAGUAACUCAGGUAUUUCAAGCAUUGUUCACUCAGUAUCCAGUAUUAUUCAUGGAACAGGGUCAUCCCUUGACACUGGGGCUUUGAGUAGUCAUUUUGAGUGGAAUGUCCGUAAAGUUCACAGAAAGUACUCUUGAGCUGACAAACACAUUUCCUGAGCAGAAUAUUAACAUUCCACAAUCUUCAGUAGUUUCGGAAUUCUGUCUAACCUUAAAGAAAACAAAAACACCUGAAAUGUGUUUAAAGGCAUACACACAGUGACUCAUAAUAAAACUCUUAUCUCAGCAAUCUAGAUACGCCCACAUGUACCUGUGCCACAUGAGAGCCAGCUGUCUCACUUUCUGGACAAAACCAGUGUUUCUAACUAGAUGUUUCUGUUUCUAUACAGUUAAACCUUUCUAUAUUCAUUUCCAUAAUAUGCUUGCCUAGUUUGGAAUUGUAUAUCAGGUAUCAUUAUAUAUUUUUUUUUCAUUUUAAGUUUCUAUAUCUUCUUUUGUUCACUUUAUGUACACAUAUGCCUUCACUUGGUCUGAAAUGUUUUUAAUAUCAGUUUGCAUGAAUCUUUGUAGGGUCGCUUCACAGAAAUCCUCUCGGGGUGUUCUGCUCUGAAGCAGGAUUCAGUAGUUUCAAUACAAUGUACCUGUACAUUCAGUUAAAAUUCAGGAACGAUUAAAUGAUCCCAAUUAAGUACUGUUACAACACAUAUUUGCAAAAAAUGUAGUGUACAGGCAGACAAAUUGGUCAAUUUAUAUCCAAUUAUAGUGAACCCAAGUUGAUCCAAAUUCAGUUAAAAUCAAUACAGUUCCUUCCAAUAUAACCUAAUGACAUAGUGCAGUUUAAAUUCAGUCCUCAUACAAUUCCAGAUUAUUUUAUACAAAUUAAUUUGAUCAUAAAAUCUCUGUUGAUAAAACGUAAUCUUAGGAAGCCCAGUUAAUUGCAUAGUCACAGGCUUUGCAACAAUCCUUUUGCAAAUCUUGCUGCGCUACCAUGUGGCCACAGUAAAAAUAACAAGUCUCAUUUUAAUCUUAAACUCUGGAACCUGACUCAGUAUGAGAGGCCGCCUACUCCAAUUGGGUAGGACUUUAGACAUCAAGACACAGACACCAAAAACACAGAAGUACUUGUCCAGGUGUACCUUUCGAAAUUCGUAGCAAUAGCUCCUAAAAUGGCUGUUUUAAGGAUACAUUGGUUUAAAGAGUCACUGUUCCAGGUGUCUCUUAUAUAGAGAGAUAGAAACUGAAGGAUUUGAAAGGCAAUUGAAUUCCAAAGUGCUGUGUAUGUCCUUCAGUGACUGGAGUGGAGCCUAAAUCUGAGCAACAAUCUUUAUCAAAAUUAAGGUAUUAAACUUGUCUCAAAAGUAAAUUAGGUAUCUGCCUCAUUGAGGUAAAACUAGAUGCUAUCUCGAUACAAGAGAAGUCUGGCAGAUUAACCCUUUUUCUGUGAGGCAGGUGCUCUUUGGAAAGACAUGAAACAAUCAGCUUCAUUAUUCAGAGCUGUACAUGUAAGAAUAAUUUUAAACUGUUUUUCAUUUAACAAUGAGCCGGUGAAGAGAAACUAAAAUUGGAGAAAUGUUAUAUCCUUUACUUUCCUCUUGCUGCAAUGUUUUGGAUGGGCUGAAGACUUUUAAUAGAUUUUUUUUUUUUUUUUUGCUUUGUUUGGGCUUCCUUAUAAAUGAGAAUUGCAGUAAUCCAGUCUAGGUCUAGUUUUUCUGGACCGUUUUGGAUAUUUCAAAUUUUGCUCAGUAUAAAUAAUAUUUUUAAAUGUAUUCUGUACUAUCUAAUAAUUUUGCCAAAUUGCAGCAGAUUUGCAGUAAAGAACUGAUCCUAGCAUGACACCCUGUGGUCAUGCUAGGAUCAGUUGCCCUUGUUGGGCAAGUAAAAUGUAUUGCUAAUGUGAACAAACUGUAUUCUGUCAAAUAAGUAUGAUCUAGACCACCCAUGUGCAGUUCCCUUUUGGAUACUACAGCAUCUUUAAGAUCUAAAAAUAAAACUGUAACCAAAUUAAAGUGCUUUUCUUAAUUAGGUCUAAUUAGAAUUGUAUUUAAAGGGACACAUUUUUCUUUUUUAUGGAGUUUGGUUGGAAAGUCAGUAUCUGAACUGCACUAAACUACUCUUAGUAUCUUCACUUUAAUUGUAUGAGUCAGUUUUAGAUCUUCCAAUUAGUCCAAGUGUGGUCCUGACAAAAGUGAGUCCCUGACCUGUUAAGACAAGUACAGUCAUAAAAAUGUUAGCACUGAUCAUGCAAACCUUUAUAAACCUUUGGUGUUACAAAGUUAAGGCCAUAUGAAUCUAUAUUUGUACAGAAGAAUGUAGUGAGUUGUAGUGUGUACAACCUUCCCAUGUAAAAAUACUUACUAUAACAGAGAACAUGUUCAGAGCAGCUGUUUAAAAAGCAUUGUUAUGAAAACAAUAAAACAUCAAUUUAAAGAGACAAUUUUAUGUAUUGCCUUAGGCUUCUUACACAUAUGAGGUAGUGGGCACAUUGAAUUGCUGUGAAUCCACUUUUUUUGUUUUGCUGGAUGGGAGAGAAGGACUUUAUUGUACCAAGCUGUGUAAACCAUUUUUAGCUUUGAUGAAGCUCUUGUGACAACAUGGAAUAAACAUAAACAAAAGAAGCAGCAUGCUUUGUCUCAGUAUCUUGAGCUUUGGACACAAGAUUAAAGUCAUAGUGGGACCUAAACAACCGCAGCAAUUUGGAAGGACAUAUAUACAAAUGGGACUAAAGGUGUUUUUAAAAAGCAAUAGAAAUGCUGUGUUUUUAUACUACAGAAACAAUAGCGAGUACAAUCUGCUUUCCCUCUAUCAGUUUACUCUGGAAUCAGUCUGCUCCAUUUGACUGUGAAUGAUGUUACUUUUGUUAACAACUGAUGCCCUCAUUAAUAUAUUUGUAUCUCCUGCUCAGUGCUCUUCUCUUUUGCAUUUUGGUCUACAUCAGUGCUGCAUCAAGUUUGACUCAUGCUACUUUCUAUAUGAAAGCAUCUUCACUCUCCCAUCAGAUAGUUACACUGUCAGGAUAUGCUUGAUGUGGUUUCAGUAUGAUUUAAAUUGGAAUUAUUUUCCACUGGUAAGAAAUUCACCAUCAGUGACCUGUUAUUAGACCAACAGUUAAAGCAAAUCAGAACUUUCUCAUUAAUGCUUUAAAAGCUGUAGACUCUAUUGCAACUUACUUAAGCCAACCACUCUGUAAACAAGUGAAUAAAGGAUCACUUCUGCCCCACUCUUUUUAUUCCAUUUUGUUAAUUACUGUUAUUUUAUACAAAACUGAGUAAUUUACCAAAACAUCUUUCAAAUACCAGGCUCUACCAUCUCCCAUAGAAAUUCUAAAUUGAACAUCCAGUUUUAUGCCUAUCUAAAAUAUAGUAGGUUGUGUUUUUUGAUUAUUUAAAGUGGACACCCAUUUCAGCUCUUUGUGACACAGCAGCAGCUGUGUUGUAGUAAUUUAGUCCUGCCAUUGUCUGCACAGUGAAAUAGAGAAAUUUUAUUACUUUACCAGGUUUCACUCCAAGUUCUCAGCGACAUAAGUUUAAUUAAACAUUCUCCAUUUUCCAGUUGAAGGAACAGUUUAAACUAUGUAGCAAUGAACGUGGUUUUACAAAUCUUUGCUAUCUGCGGCAUACUUUAGGUACAUGAUACAAUGUGACACAGUUUAUAUUUUAAGUUCUGCUGCCAAGUGUUAAGUUGAAUUUUACCUUUCUGCAGAUGCGUUCAUAUAUUUUAUAUUUGGAUUUUUUUUUCCAACUACAAGGUUUAUAGAUUUCUGAAAUCAUUUUUAUUCUGAUGUCUUGACUAGGUUCCAUUUUUCUGUUUAUUGCAAUUUUAAAAAAACAAAUGUAUUGACUAUUGAACUAAAUGACACGAUAUUUGCUAGGUUUGAAGUAAUAACUUAUUGUACAGAAGCAUAUUUCCUCCCUUGUACUGAAAAAGAAAUUAAAUGGGUGUACAUUGUGUAGAAAAGCAAACAAAAAGCCAUGAAUAUUGUGAAGCUUGUCAUUUUGUUUUGUGAUCACUGUGUAUUAUUGUGUAACAAAUGUGCAAAAUGUUAGGGAUUCCCCUCUACCCCACCCAUGUGCUUUCGCUAAAUGCAUUUGCUUAAUUUUUGGAUUUUAGACUAAACUUUGCCGUAAAGUGUUUACUGAGUCAGGUGAACAAGAUUUACAGUCUAAGACUGAGCUUUUGAAGCAUUAGAACUUGAUGUGUAAAUUAAGAGUGGAAUGGAAGUUAUUUUUGAAUUCAGUUGCAAUUCUUGUUUGACCAUUACGUAAAAGAGCGCUUAUUAUUAUACCUGUUACAGACGCUUAUAAUGCCAUGAGGUCUCUGCAUUAGUAAACCUCCAGCCUGCUCAAACAUGUGUUCAUGCUAAAUAAUUGUGACCUGAGAGGAGCUCAUCUGCAAUCAGGGGUUACUUUUUCUGCCAAUACCAGCAUACGCCAGUAGUGAUCCUGCACUCUUUGGCUUUUUUUUUUCUUUUCUUUUUUUGUGUGUAUUGCUUAUGCUGGAAAAAUUGCAUAAUCUGGUUCAUCAAAUGACAAUUUAAUUUGCAUUGUAGUGAUAAUCUUGAAACAGAUGUUGAAAUCAACCAGAGACUAACUGAAGACAUUUUUGUUUUGCUUACAUCAAUCCUUACCUUUUGCACAUACUUGAUAUUUAACUAUCUUCAAAGGUAAAAGAAAAUAAUGCUGUUUGAAUACUGCCAGUUGAUUGACAAUUAUGCAUUGAUUGAAAAGAAUAAGCUAAUUUUGGAGGAAAUAACUUUGUAAUAUUUAUCUCUUGCAAGCUAUGUUUAAUAAAGGUUGAAACAAUUUGCUUCAAAA